UGGCGGUGUGGAGGAGUAUAGGCUGUGCUGUCAAGCCAGUGUCAGUCUGAUGAAGAUUGGCAUGCAGUUCAGAGUGUACGCCGCCCCCUGCCUGAUGACAGCUGGGAUAGACUCCAGCACUCCUGCGACCCUUGCUCUUUUUGAAGAGGUCGACCCUGGGCCAGAGUGAAAACACAAGUGAAAUCUGCUGUGCAGCUGAGAGCCAGCUAACUGUUUGCUUCUGUGAGUCGAACUGCAGUGUCUUGCUGUGAAGUGAUCCAGUCAAAGCAUCUGUCUCCAUAGCUAUUUUCCCACUGCCUACCUUCUGAGAGUCUCAAUGUGACGCUAUCCCAUGGUGCAACAUGUGUCCCCAGCACCUGCAGUGAUAAUGAUGGCCACCCAGCGAGUUCCUCCACCAUCGUACCAGGAGAGCCAACAGAUGACGGGCACAACGCAGCAGAACAACAAGACCCCACAAGUCCAUAUCCCAGCAGCCUCUGCAGGAAGAAAUAACUCUGUCAGUGUGACCCUUGACCCACAGACACAACUUGAGUCUGACAAAAGAGCGGUUUACAGGCAUCCGCUGUUUCCCCUGCUGGCAUUGUUGUUUGAGAAAUGUGAGCAGGCUACACAGGGAUCUGAGUGCAUCACAUCCGCCAGCUUUGAUGUCGACAUUGAAAAUUUUGUCCACCAGCAGGAGCGGGAUCAUAAACCUUUCUUCAGUGAAGAUCCAGAGCUGGACAACUUGAUGGUUAAAGCAAUCCAAGUGUUGCGGAUCCACUUAUUGGAGCUAGAGAAGGUCAAUGAACUCUGUAAGGAUUUCUGCAACCGAUACAUCACCUGCCUCAAAACCAAAAUGCACAGUGACAACCUUCUCCGUAACGACCUGGGGGGACCCUAUUCUCCUAUGCACACUAAUCUCAGCAUGCAGCAGGAAUUAAAUCAGACGUCUUCUCCUACGUCCGUGACCGCUGUGUCCAACUCUGUCAACCCGCCAGCGGUCAUGGCCCCCACUGGGGGUUUGCAACAGGGCAAUGUUUCUAUGACUACCAUAAACACUCAAGUGGUAUCAGGUGGGACCCUGUAUCAGCCGGUUGCCAUGGUGACUUCACAAGGACAAGUGUUAACGCAGGCACUGCCACCGGGAACCAUUCAGAUCCAGAACUCACAGUUAAAUGUUGAUCUGUCAGCCCUGUUGGACAGUGAAGACAAGAAGUCGAGAAAUAAAAGGGGCGUCCUUCCCAAACACGCCACCAACAUCAUGCGCUCAUGGCUCUUUCAGCAUCUCAUGCACCCGUACCCAACAGAAGAUGAGAAAAGGCAGAUUGCAGCACAAACAAGCUUGACGCUUUUGCAAGUGAAUAACUGGUUCAUCAACGCUCGCCGGCGUAUCCUCCAGCCUAUGUUGGAUGCCAGUAACCCUGACCCAGCUCCUAAAGCAAAGAAGAUGAAGUCCCAGCAUCGUCCCACACAGCGUUUCUGGCCUGACUCUAUCGUAGCUGGGGUUUUACAGACGCACAGAUCUCAAACGGGGAACAAUUCAGAUGACCCACUCAGCCUGGACAGCCUCCAGUCGCUGUCAUCGGACUCUGCCACUCUGGCCAUGCAGCAAGCCAUGCUGGGAGCCGAUGACUCCAUGGAUGGUACAGAGGAAGAGGAUGAAGAGGAAGAGGAGGAGGAUGAAGAGGAGGAGGAGGAAGGAAUGGAGGAGGAGGAAGAGGAGGAUGGACAGAACGAAAACAAUAGGGGGACGCCGAUAGCCAGUGGAGGAGCAGAAAGAAGAAACCUGAGCAUGGAUCACAUAGAGGAACUGGAGUAGUCAGAGGAGAGGGACAAACUGAACAAUAUGUUGACCUCACUUGGCCCAUUAACACGGCUGAUUUCUGAUUCCAAGAUAAAGGAUGGAUGGCACUGUUGCCAUAUUUUAAUAUGCAUUUGAGGCCAUGAAAAUCAAUCAGGACUCCUAUUGAGAACUAUGGAAUACAUUAUGACACAAUGACCCUUUCAUGAUGUGUAGUCAGAAAGUGAUGUGCCAAUUUAAUUUAACCGACUGAUAAUUUUGAUAAGUUUGUCAUUUACAUACUUGUUGGUAAAAUGUUUUUUUUUUUUUUUUUUUUUUUUUAAGCUUGUUUUCUUCCUGUAAGAUUUUUUUAAAAUGAGGUCAUAGUUGUAUGGUUGUCAAAAACAGAGACCGGUAUUUGUAUUCCUAGCCUAGGGGGACCGCAACUAAACUUUAUCAGAAGGUUGCAAAAUGUCAAAUGUGAAAAUGGCAAAGCUCCGCGAGGCUACAGUACUCUACGGUCCAAAGAAGACUUCCAGGAUUUGCGUGACCUACGUGAUGAGCAAAGAUGGGGCAGACCAGGAUCAUGGCAGUGAGCAAAGAAUAUUGUUGUUAUCCUUGAUGACAAAAGCCAGACAACAUCCAGAUUUUGCAACCUUUUGAAAAUGUUUAGUGGUGAUUCCUCUUCCAAAGCAAAACAAUUCAUUAAAAAUUCUGCUUCAAACGUGGAUCCAACAAUGUCUUAAUUUUAAAAAUGGCUGAACACAGGCUUAAAUUUUGUUUAGUUUUUUUAAAUAAAGCUUCAAAUAAGUAUUUCAAGUACAAACUGUCAAAAAUUCAUGAAAGAAAGAAAAAUGAAAGAAAAAUGAUCUCAAAUUUUUUUGACAGCCCCUUGUAACUAUACAAAAUGAUAGAACAAAGACAAACGUGUUUUUGGUUUUACUAAACGGCAGUGGGAUUUGUGAAAUACAGUUACUGAAUAAAAUGCUCAACAUACUCAAAUGUGAAAUAACUUGAUGCUUCAGAAAGCCUGAUAUUUUGGACGACUUUAGAUUUUCUCUGAGUUUAGAGAGCACAGAAACAAAUGAAGCCCCAAGUUUUUGCAAUUCAAGUCAUUCAACUAAUUUGCUUGACAAAAAUAGCGCCAACAGUAAUUACUCAACUUUCAAGAGAAAGGAUUGGUAAAAUGUGAGGGGAUAUGGGAGGUGAUGUCAAAAAAUCGGGUCAAUAUUUGUUCAUACCUGUUAUAUAACUCAGAAGUUCUCUGGUCCAAAAAAAAAAAAAAAAAAAAACCACUGAGCAUUUUUUCUUCCACAUAAGCACAUUAUUUGAGUUGCCGAAAGCCUUUUAAGCAUGAUCUUUGAACAUGUUAACUUUCUGUUCUUCAUUAGCAAAUCAAAUGUAGUGGACAAGUGUCUUGAUGGUUGAAGAUUUGGAUAAUAUAUAUAUCUAUAUUUGCUUUCGGUUGUUUGUUUUGUUUGGUUGGGCUCAAGCAACAUCAUGACAAUGAUGGCUGUCUGCACACUGCAGUCGGUCCAUAAAAAUCCUCUUGGCUAUUUUAUGUGAUCGUGUAUGAUACUGUUAAGAAAGGGGAGCAUGGCAAAAGUUGCCAACUCCCCACAAACCUCUCACAAUCAUCUCAACAUCAAUUGAAAUAACACAAAAAUUACAGGGAAUUGAGCAUAUCUCACUGGCUAAGCCAUCCAUCAUCAUUUACUGACUUUUUCAAGGAAAAAAACAAUUACAGUACUUUGAUGAAGAUGGAAGACUGAGAAAGCUGUGGAAGAAAAGUCAGCCAUAGGGUCAGUAACUGAUAAACUGGGUAAUAAUUUUGAUUCUGAUUUGUAUUAAGCCACAAAUGUGAUUCACUAAUUUCUAUUGUGAGGAUGUUUAAAAAAAAAGAACACGUUUUAUUUAAUGUUCGGAGUGGUGACUGUGAAGUAUGUUGCUCAUUAAUAUUAUUUUCUCUAUUUCUUUUCUUUAACUCAAUCUUCCCAUGCAAGUGAUAGAUAAUGGUGAAUAUUUAUAUUUCAUUUGUACACUUUUUGUCAU